AGUACGCUCGUCGCAGGCGCGAGUCUCGUCACGACACACGCGCGUUUCUCGUUUCCCUCUGUCAAUUCUUCCCCACUUUCCUCACUUCUCGGUAUGCGGUAAGAACGAACAUCUUUCAAUCCCGAAAGUAGCAGAUCUCCAUCCGAAAAUCUGAUGUUUCUCUUAAAAAAAAUAAAACGCCGAUAAAAGGGGGGAUUCGGAAGAUAGAACGAAGGGAAAGGUCUUAUUCGCUUGUUUCGGGACUACGCGGUCCCUCCACUUUUCCUACUUUCGUCUCACGACUGUCGUCCUUGAAUAAUGCCAAUCCUUACGGUGUUGUGUCCGGUGAAAAGCACGCAAGGAUAACUGCUCGUAGUCGUUUCGUCAUCCCUCCGCAUCCUCGCGAUGUUCACCCACCUUUUGAUAUCCGCUGCCGCGAUCUCAUGUCGUAUUUAGCGAUUUUACACUUGUGAUUCUGUGUCGUGAUAUGAAAAUUCGUUAUUUUGGUGUUCGGGAGUGAGUUAAGGCGGGUGCGCGCGCCCCGCGCCUAUUAGUGUGUGCUCUCUUAACGUGGCCGUGAUUAUAAUCGCAGCGGCGUGCAUGUACACCUGUUGGAAACGCUGCGCUCUCCAUUUAGUGCCUUUUUUUUCUUUCGUUUUUGUGAACUUCUCUUCGCCCCGCAAGAAUCCCGGAACAACGCUACAUCCAGUAUGAAUACAUACGAUGCGUGAUUGUAUUGUAAACAUACACGAGUAUAUCUACGCGUAUGGGGACGCGCAUGUUUUCACAUCGAAAUAAAAACGAAAGGAUUGCAACGGCGUGCUGCAUUGUUGACUCUUGCAAAGUUUUUCGCUUCGACGAAUUUCCAACCAGAUUUCACAGCAUUACCGCUCCAGCGCACAACUGCCGGGAUCUUGGUGCAGCGGUAUAGGAUUCUAUCCCGCGUGGGCGGACAGGCGCGCGCGCGCGCGUGUGUGCGUACCUGGGUGUAACUGUGUUCAUCGGGUUUGCCGGGAUAGUGGGCUGGCGGCGGGGGAGGGAGCGGUAUAUCGAAGCGCGUCAGAACCGAGGCGACCCCCGGCGAGCGAAAGAAGAAGAGGAAGAAGAAGAAGAAGGAGAAGAAGAAACAGAAGCAGAAGCAGACAAUUCGAAACCGAAAAAGCUCGUCUUCAGGAAGUUAAACCAGAGCCAACGAGUCGAGCGAGACUCGGGCCAGAACUCUAGAAAGGAAAAUCGUCUCGCUGCUCUUCCCGACUCCUUUAUUCAGGGGAAAUUAAGCGACCUCUCGUGUCCGAGUUCGCAUGAGCGCGCACACCCGCACGCGGGGAACAAUGCUCGUCUGAAAUUCUGUCCACAUAUCAAGGAUCGAUCAGCUACACACCUUACGCGAUAUACAUAUAAAUACGUUGUAUACUACAAUGCUCGAAUAUAUACAGGUCGUUGGAAGGAACAAUGGUCGCAGGUACUCUCGCAUUUACGCACGCCGGAAUCGCAAUAAAUCGUAAUAUCGAAAGAACAUCGACGUCCUACCGGAGGAGAUACUCCGAUUCGAAUAGUUGCCAAUUUGUCGCGACGCAAUCCAACUGCGCUUCGGGACACUCCUUUUUAUUCCGUUUCUCAUUGUUGCGUCUGACAUCUCGCGUCUCUCGAUUGGGAACGAAACGAUUCUUCAGUCACUACUCGGACGUUGGUGCGUCGCGGUGAUGAACGCGACUUAACGGUCAUGGGAAAGGACCCGUUUUAUCGACGAACGCUAUCUUCCUUUCGACGAUUUUUUCCGACUGCUUAGAUCGAGCCUCGGACCUCGUUAACUGCGAAAUACUCGAGAAUAUUUAUCCCCCAGGUGUAUUGUCGAGACGAAGCCACGCUCCGCUACUUCCUAUAGCCCGGACGCGAAAGCGACCGCGGGGAGCUUUUCCGUUAGCUCCAAGACCGACACAAAGUGUCGAAAGUGAGCUUUGACUCCGGGACUAAAACUCUUUGACUUUGAGACCGUUCGACCGAUUAAAAAGUCGAGUAAAAAUAACGCUGGGGAAGGACGAGCGGCAACGAGGAUGAAAGUUGUCGCGGUCCCGGUUAAGCGGGCGGUGAAGAGCGCAGUUAUAUAAAAGUUUCACAUUUUUUCGUGUCCUCCUGAUUUUCCUGUAUAUUUAUAGGAUAUCGCACCCACGAAUAUAUGCACGCGACAUAUAUUCGUCUACGUGUGCAUUGUUCGGUGAGAUAUUCGAGUGCGCGAGUGUGUUCGGUGUGCAAUCGGGUGCUUUUAUACACCGAGAAGAAAAUACGCGCUCGUGAUAACGCGAGUGCCCGUCGACUUACUGAAGCGUCGUUCAAGUCGGUUGAAGUGAUGCUGUGAUGGGGCGCGACUCGAGUCUCUUCUUUCUAACCACCACGACCCUCGUGGGCACUCUACUCAUCGUCGCAUUAUUCAUCGACAAUGUCGCCGGAACUCGUUUGCGGCAACAUGUUAAUCCCACCGACUCGUCGAGGGGAGGUAGCGUGAAUGAAGCCGGUCUGUUCGCACUUCGAGGACGUCAAGAGGGCAAUCGAAGGGCUCGUAGAACGACGACGACUACGUCGACAAGUACGACAACGUCUAAUUCGGGAACAACAACACCAGCAACGACGAGAACACCUUGGCAAAGUGUGCCAACGAGACGAGAUCUGGCCACUACGACGUUAACUUCAGUCACGACAAGAGCGAUCGUUCAGCCAGCGGCGCUUUUGGCGGCGCCCAACGAUCAGACUUGGCCUUCCAGUAGUUCACCAUCGAGCUCAUCAUCCUCCUCCUCGAAUUAUCCGAGCUCGUUGUUCCUCCUACCCUCGCAGAAUCCACCGAUCGAGAUAGUCGUCAAACCUCAGGGCAAGGUCGUUCUGCCAUGCGAACUCGAGGGCAACUACACAAGAAUUCUCCAACCACUAUCAAGGAGUUACAGGAUACGACCAGCGAAAUGGCUUCACGACGGAAAGCCCGUCGACAUGAUAACGAUAGACACGCGAACGGAGAUGAGCGGGACUGGACAUCGUUACAUCGGUGACUCAUCCACAGCAGCUUUGCACAUAGACAGUGUAAGGCUCGAGGACGAUGGUAUUUGGACGUGUACCCUCGAAGACGAUCGGUCCGACGAUUACAGCGGGAGGCCAAUCAGGCUAGUCGUCCUAGAUGCUCCACAUGGGACUUACCUGCUGAUAGACGGCAGGCGCUUGGAUCCCGGUAAUCAAUUUGUCCCCGUUAAGGAAGGCUCUGACUUGACACUUGAGUGCGCCGCCGAGGGUGGCAAUCCACCUCCGAUUCUGACCUGGGGCAUGAUACUGUCACAAGCGACGUUAGAUGGCCCGGAGCAACCGCCGGACAAUCUCACUGUGCUACCAUCACCGCAGAAUGGUCGCAGCGGAGCUCAUCUCAAGGUGUUACGGGGACACCACAAUGCCACCAUCACAUGCACCGCACGGCAUAUCACGCUCCCGAUACCGAUGAAUGCCAGUAUAUUGCUCGACGUUCAAUAUACUCCUUCAUUCGUGAUAACACGCUUACCUGGCUUCGGGAUACCGAUUGUCGAGGGAAUGUCCGUCAGUGUAAAAUGCGAGGUGGACAGCAAUCCAUCGAGUGCACCGAUAUGGCGGCGUGACGAUGCGCCACCGCCUGUCGAACAGAGCGAAGGGGGUUGGUUGAAUUUUACAAAAAUAACACGUGCCGAGAGCGGAUGGUACAAGUGUUUUACUCGUCAUACACUUGGCAGCUUCUCCAGCAUCGGAUAUUUUCUUAAUGUUCGCUAUAAUCCAGAUAUGGAGACCGAAGCGGAAGCUCUCAAUGGCGAGGCAAUGGACUCACGGAAAAUGGAGGUCCAGAUUGGUGGUGCCGUCACGCUCGAAUGCGAUGGUGGUUGCUGGGGACACGGCCCUCGUAUGGAUCCCGUCGGCGGACCUGGAUCACUUACUUUGAGUCGGGUCGUUUAUCAGGAUGCGGGUGAAUAUCGUUGCGUUGCGCCUGACAGAAAAAUGCAGGGUACGUGGCGAGCUCAGUUGCCGUAUCAUCUAAAAGUCACUGGACAGCCAAUGGUUCACCCAGUGUCACAGACGGUCACGGCGAACGAGGGCCAGUCCCUCGAGAUAAUAGUGGAAUUUUGUUCUGUGCCGGCCUACACAAGAGUCAUUUGGCUCUCAUGGGAGAAGGUGUACGUGCCUGGUGCUGACGUCACGUCUGACGGAGUUUUCGCUACUCCCAUACUGGACGCGGAGACCGAGGCGUGUUAUCGAAGCACAUUGCGUCUUGAGAACGUCCAAUGGUCGCAUGCUGGUGAAUGGAUGUUCCUGGUAAGAUCACCAAACGGUAUUGCGGACGCCGGGGUGAUAUUGAACGUAGCGAAGGCUUCCGGUUACAGCGACGCUGAUAAACGUGCGCCAACUUUGGCGAACGUAUUUUUAUGCCUUACGGCCUUAUGGCUCUGGACGAUCGUGCCCAUCUCGGCCGAUGCGAGACGACGAGACCAGAUAAAUCGCUGACUCGAACUUCGAAACCCGAACUUUCGUUCGGUCAUUCGUUUGAUUAAUGAAAUAGUUGAGUAUACAUACAAAUACAUAAUUAUGCACUCUUUUCUGAAAUACAAAUUUGAAGGAUCGUGAAGGCACGAGAAGAAAAAUAAAUUCAAGAGUUAGGUAAACACUUAUAUUUUUCUUUCUCUGUGCGAUUCGUAAUUAUUGCAGAAAUUUAUGAGUAACUUUACAACCAAAGGAGUGAGAAAAAAUAACACUCCGAUGAGAGCGCGUUGAAUACUCCUGCAGAAAUUCAUUCCGGCACUGUCCGGAUGCAAUUAAAUAUUUCUAUUGAUUUAGGGCCACGCUCGUUUUUAUAUGAAGAUAAUUGAGUGGCUUAAGUAAAUAUCAUUUGUGAGAGAGCUGAUGGUAUAAUUAAGCGGAAAAAUGAUCAAACGAAACGGAAGUAGCGGCAAAAAGAAAAAUACUGUGUAGGGGAAACGAGAAUUUUUGUAAAAAUGGUAACGAGCCUCUGGCGUUAAAAUACUCUUCAUGUUCAUCAGCUAAAAUCAUAUAACAUUACUUUUUUAGCGACGAAAUAAUAUGUGUUCGAAUAGCGAUUUUAAAUUCUACUGCAUAUUUGCUAGUUUUUUUAUCGAAUGAAAAUUUCUGUCAACAAUAUUGGUUCACCUGCCAAGAGUGAAAAUAAUUCGGGCCUUUUAUAAAUUGUUGCAACAUUGAUUUCCUACAAGUGUCGAUUUUGAGAGGGGAACAUCGAAUCCACUUUUCAGACUCUCAGGCCUCUGACCCAAUGAAAAUCUACACGUGUACGCUCUACUAUGAAAUUAUACUGGAUAUAAAUGUAAUCUGGUCAGUGUGUAAAUAAUUGUAUAGAUCAUUUUGCGUGACGCGAUGAUGGCAUGGAGUGGUUUGUAUGAUCGGAUAAAUUGUCCUAAUAUCAAUACGGCGAUACGAUAAUAGCGACCAAUUAUAAUUUUUUCUUGUAUUUAAGGACGUUACGAAUAUGUUUCAGGCCAGAAACCGAUCGAUCAUUGAUUCCUGCGAGAUUGAGAAUCGGCGCGAAGAGUCUAAGAUUUGCAUGAAUCCAUUUAGAUUUCAUUCGUGUGUGGUAGUUCCAAAAUUCCGAAAACGUAUUAUUUUCGACUCGGAGUAUGACUGUAAAGCAUCCGAAUAGCGACAGGCUGCAUCCGCUUCGAAAUAAUGGAUCUGAAAAAAAAACCAUCGUACUAUAGGUGAAAAAGUGGUGAAAUGGUGACAAAUCUUCAUUUGAAAAUUCGAAAAAUUUUUGAAAAACCAAAUUAUCGCGUUUGGCAAGUGACUUUUUUGCACUGAGGCCUCUCGCUAACGGGUGACAGAACGCCUUUAGACGGUAUUCCAAAAAUAAUCAUACGACUAAAUAUUCGCAAAUUUAAUAUUCAAACUGAGAAAAGAAUAAAAAACGUUCAUUGAAAUCUCAUGUAAUUUAAUAACCGAGGAAUAGAGAGCGAAAGUUUUUUCUUGCGCUGCCAAAGUACGAGUCUUCUGAAUAAUUUGAUGCGAAAUAAAAAAAUAAAAAAAAAACAAAUAUUCUACCAAUCUAAACGAAUCAAUUGAUACGAAAUUGUUGGACAUUAAUUUUAGGUCGAGUAGAUUUGUAACAUGUAUAUAGUAUAAAUGUAAAGGUUUUUUGGCUGUUGUGUACUCCGUAUGACGAAUUAUACACAGUAAUAAUGUUAGAGAUAUAUUUAUUAUUUGUUGAUAUAUUUUUAUAAAGUAUCAUUUAGCCAUAAUUUCUUAUUAGCCUCUCUCCUCCCCCCACAUCAUGAAUAUAACUAUACAUAUAUAUAUAUAUACAAAUAUACAAACUGAAUUACAAACAGUGAGUAAGGAAAUUACAUUCGCCCGUUGAAUCCGAAUUUAUCAAAAUUUCUAUCGCAAUUACUUCGUCUCAAAACUUGGGUUCUGUUUGCUUUUUAAUCUGUUGUAAAAAUAUCUCAUCGAUUCUUAACGAUUGUCCACUAUUUUUGUGAGCUUUUCUCAAGUAUCAGUUAAUUUGAGACUGGAAAGAGUAGGCGUGAAGAGUUGAAAUGGUUGAAUGAAUAGAGUUUUUGUUUUCAUUUGAAUGAAAAUCGUACAUUUGUAUGGCGCUCGUGAGGCUUGAAUAACUUUCGAUUUUCAUUUGACUCAAAAUAUGUUAGUAUUUUAAUACAUAUUACAAUAUAUUCGUUAUCGUUAUAUCAUUGUACAAUAUAGGUACAAUAAUGCAUUUCGAUUGCAUAACCGAAAAACCACAGGAUAAACAGUUCCAUCGUAACCUGUACAUCCGCUUGAUUAAUUUAGAUCGGCAUCGAUUGAUAGCGAAAGUUGUUCGAGUCUGCAGAAAGCUCCUACGGAUAAAUCGUUUUCACGAUAUUUCACCCGGCCAAAUAUUUGUAUCUUGUGAAAAACAGAGCAAAGGAAAACUACUUUAGUUCAGCCUUGAAAGCGGUUGUCUUCUGUCACCUAAUCUUUUCCUCGAAAAUAACUUGGAACGAAUAUUAAUAGGAAAUACAGGUCGUAACGAUCGUUACAACGUGCGACGAUAAUAAAACUGACGAGAUGUAAAAAAAAUGAGAUAAAUGAUGGAAAAUAAAGUGCGAGAAAAGCGCGAAAAUGAAAAAGGGAAGAAAGCCCUUCCAGGAAUCAACGUGACCUAAAGGGAGUGUCAAAGAUUUGCGAAUGUAAAUCGAUCGGUGUACGUAAAGCAAAGAUGGCUCUUAUUAAAUGUUAAGUCGACGAUUACGAGAGGCGAGAACGAAGGGGGAGACAGAAUAAUAAGUGGAAAGUCAAUUUGUAAGUAGAAGAAAAUAAAGCAAAGGCGAGUGCGUCGAAAACGUAAGAAUCGCUCGAUGCAACAGAAACGAACGAUUAAUAUCGAAUGGAAAAAUAUUGAAGGAGGAAAAAUCGAUAUUUCUCUCGAUACACGAUAAAAAAAAUCUUUUAUUAUUCCCCCUUGCGACUUAACGAAUGUGAUGCAUCUACCGAACAAUAGUAGUAACCGUGCUAUAUAUUAUUUAUAUUUAUAUAUAUAUACAUUAUAUAUCGCGUAAUAUAUUAUAACAUUAUAUAAUGUAUUAAUAAAAUAUAUAAUAUAUAUGCAUAUAUGUAUAUAUAAAUGUUACGAUAAUAAUUAAUGAAUUUCCUAGAGAAACUAGGGCCAAAACAGCGGGAAAAGUAUCUCGGACGGACGGUUAAAUAUUGUGAAAAUAAAUAAUAACCCCAUGAUACCGUCGACGAUAUUGUAAAAAAAAGUGAAAUACAAAAGUAUAUAUACGUAUAUAUUAAUGAAAAAACAACACCCACACACACAAAAAACAUAAAAGUAAACGACAAAAGAAAAAAACGAAUGUAUAAAAAUAAAUAUAAAAAUGCCAAUUCGGCGAUCGCGAAGCACAAAACGAGGAGGCGAUCAGAUGCAAUUUUUCCACUGAUGGAAAACUUCUCGGCGUGAAUCGAGCUUAUUCGUCGGUCGGCCAUUUCAUCACGUAGUAAGACACACACAGACACAUACGAGACACGUACACAAAAAUUUCCCAUCUCGCGUGAAAAGAGAUGGGAUCAUGUGUGGAAAAAGAAAAGAAAGAAAAUGAUGAAAAAUGCGAAUGCGAGAUGUAACUGAUAUGCGACACCUGUCAACCAAAAUAACUGUACGUUCGAAUCGAGAAAAGAUGUCUUUGGUAAGUGUUAACGAUGCGGGGAUACAAAUAACGUCCAUCUGUGUAUACUGAAUGAUUCUUUUCGCGCAAAUAAAGGCUCGCCAAUUUACUUUUA